UGGUGCUCAGGGCCCUGCGCAGAUUCAGGGAGCGCGAUGGGACAUUGGUUGGUUUGUUGGCUGUGCCUUGGGGCUGCUCUGCCCCUCCUGGCCUCUGCUGUGUGUGACUGGAGGCUGCCGUGCGGCCCGCCCGCUAUCAGCAGCACUGACUGUAUCAAGCAGGGCUGCUGCUCUGAGUCACCGAGCCUCAGUGGGCAGCCCUGUUUCUACAACCUGAGAGAGAGCCCGGUGUGUACAGCAGAUGGCCAGUUCAUUCUAGCAAUCACCAGGAACCUGACCCGUCCUGCCCUCAACCUGUCAUCUCUGUAUGUGAAAGAUGGACAAGAAGCUGAGUGCAGGCCUAAGCUCAUCACAGCGGAACUUGUAGCCUUCCGCUUCCCAAUUACCUCUUGUGGCUCGACCCAGCGGGAGGAGACUGGAAGCUUUGUGUAUGAAACCGACAUCUUGGGGAAGAGGAUGAUUCAGACGGGGCCACAGGGCUCAAUAACCAGGGACAGCACCUUCAGCCUGCACGUCCAGUGCAAGUACAAGGGGGAGCAUGAGGCUGGCUUGCAAAUCAAUGUCUCAGUUUACACACUCCCUCCACCACCAGCUGCUUCUGAAGAUGGGAUUUUGAGGCUGGAACUGCGAAUAGCAAAAGAUGGCAAUUACAGGCUGUGGUACAAGGACAGUGACUACCCCAUUGAGAGAAUCCUUUGGGAGUCAGUGUUUGUUGAGGUUCGUGCGAAGGAUCGCACUGACCCAAUGAUUGUCCUGAGAUUGCGUGACUGCUGGGCAACUCCUGUGCCAGCCCCUGACCAUAAGGUGCAGUGGACUCUCCUGGUGGAUGGGUGCCCCUAUGAGGGUGAUGACUACCUGACUGUCCUACACCCAGUAGAUGCCUCUUCUGGCCUGCAGUUCCCAACCCAUCACAAGCGGUUUGAAGUGAAGACCUUUGUUUUCUUGGAUGGUGUGUCUGAGCAGCCGCUCUCUGGACAGGUGUUCUUGCAUUGCAGUGCUGAAGUUUGCUCUCCCUCUGGUCUGGAUGACUGUGCACCCAGAUGUGGUUCGAGGCAGCGCAGGAGUACCCAUGACCAUGAGGGGACAGUAGUGAGUGCACCUGGCCCAAUCCUCCUGGGAAGGAAUGGUUACAUUGCCAAGAAACAACUUGGAGCAAAUGAUGUUUCUGGCAGACCUUGGGUUCUGCAUGGAGUAGCCAUUGGCCUCAUGGUGGUGUCUGUCUCUCUGCUGUUAGUGAUGGUUGCAGUGUACGUGAAGAGACCAAGAGCUGCUGCUGUGUCUCCCUGUCAUGAUGAAUUGUAAACCCUGAACAGAAAUAAACCAGAUGGACAAAC